UUAUGAUAUAUCUAUAAAGUAUAUGUAUAUAUAUAUAUAUAUAUGUAUAUAGCGUACAGCGGAAGCGGAAAAAGGCAUCAGUGGACAUUCCGUGUUAUCUGUUUUUUAUCGCACUUAAUCGCGCAACCAGAGCCAUGACUGAUCCUAAAGUGCUAAUUAUCGGAGCUGGGGCUGCGGGUAUCGCCGCGGCAUCAAGACUUUUGGACAGAGGGUUGAAAAAUCUUGUGAUUCUCGAGGCCAAGGACAGAAUCGGUGGAAGAGUUCACACUGUCAAGUUCUCUGACAAUGUAGUUGAACUGGGAGCCCAAUGGUGCCACGGAGAAGUUAAUAAUAUUGUGUACAAAUUGGCAUCGAAACAUAAUUUAUUGGCGUCUUCUAAAAAUAUCAAUGAUCACACUAAGCACAUAUUUGUCAAUUCGCUGGGUGAAGUGUUGUCUCAGCAGGAGACUGUCGAGAUUUUGAGAAUCUAUGAGAAAAUCUGCGACGAGGAGGAUGAGGUCGAUGUUGAACCUGGUACAUCUUACGGAGACUAUUUUACAAGAGUAUUUUAUAAAGAAAUCGAUAAUAAUCCACUUAUCACCAAAGAAACGGCAGAGCAGGUUUUAGAUUGGAUGCAUAAAUAUCACAACAGUAUUGAUUGCUGUGACAGCUGGCACAAAGUUUCCUUUGCAAGACUUAAAGAUUAUUGGACAUGUGAAGGAGAUCAGCUGUUAAAUUGGAAGACAAAUGGAUAUUCAAAAAUAUUUGAUUUGUUGGUUAAACGUUAUCCAGACCCCUCCAAAGAGCUGCCGGUGUUUAAUAAAAUACUUUUCAACAAAGAAGUUCAGCUUGUAGACUAUACAAAAAAUCAUGUAACUGUUACGACUUCUGAUGGAUCAAUGUACAAAGUUUCCAAUGUAAUUUUUACUCCCUCAUUGGGAGUUUUAAAAGAGCAACAUACCACAUUGUUUAAACCUUCAUUACCAGAACGUAAAAUUCAAGCCAUCAAGGGAUUAAACAUUGGAGUCGCAAAUAAAAUUUUCCUUGAAUUUCCAUAUAGAUGGUGGCCUGAAAAUACUGGAGCGUUUUCUUUAAUGUGGUCCGAUGAACAAAAAAAAAACUUCUUAAAAAUAAAUGGAAAAGAUAGAUUUUGGCUUUGUGAUGUGUUUCAAUUUUUCACUGUCGAUUGCCAACCUAGAUUACUAUCAGGAUGGAUUGUGGGACCAAAUGCCAAAUAUAUUGAAACUUUGUCCGAUGACACCGUCCUCAAAGAGUUUUACUUUCUAUUACAAAAAUUCAUGGGACACAUCUACGAUAUUCCUAAACCUCAAUCCAUUUUAAGGUCAAAAUGGUACAGUGAUAAGCAUAUUAGAGGAUCUUACAGUUACCGCAGUCUUGAUACCGAAAUUUCAAAGAUCAACUCCCAGGAUUAUGCAGAUCCAAUAAAAGCUGCUAAUAAUAAUCCAAUUAUUUUAUUUGCUGGAGAAGCUACACAUCCACAUUAUUAUUCAACAGUUCAUGGAGCUGUUGAAACUGGAUUCAGAGAAGCUGACAGACUUCUUGAAUACUACGGAUGUUUGAAACCUCGUCUGUAGAUACUUUACGUUUAAAAAAAGCAAGGAUAGUUUACUGUGAAAAAAAUAUGUUGGAUAGUUUAAGAUUCUAA